AUGACGUCAUCCAUGUCUAGAACUCCUUGCAAGAUCCCUGCAAUGAAAGGUUUUGAGCAGAAGAGCUACGUGGGCCUUAAAGCGGCGUUGUAUAACGUGAGAACCUAUCCUUUCGGAAGCACAGAAGUUGCUUGCAGAGCUGUGCUUAUAGUCUCUAAUGGUCUUCGCACGAUACUGGUUGCUUGUCAACUGCAAAGGAGCGACUCUGCAAUUCUAUCAUCAAUAAAUGCUCGUGAGGUGUUUCUAGUGCCGAGUAAACCAGCCGUGCCUCCAAUGCCGAGUAAAACAGCCAAGCCUGUGAUUGAUCAGCCUCUUAUAAGCCGACGUGCACGUCGUAACCGCAAGUCCCCUACUCAGAGAGCUGCCUUUCAAGAAACUAAUAUCUCUCCCGAAAAUUUAAUAUACCCACUCUUUAUUCAUCAAGGUGAGGUAGACAUUCCGAUAAAAACGAUGCCCGGACGUUACAUGCUUGGAUGGAGACACGGCCUCAUCGAAGAAGUUGCAAGGGCACGAGAUGUUGGUGUGAAUAGCAUAGUGUUGUAUCCUAAAGUGCCUGAUGCGUUAAAGUCUCCAACAGGGGAAGAGGCUUUCAAUGACAACGGUCUAGUGCAACGAACAGUUCGUCUUCUCAAAGACAAAUUCCCUGAUCUCGUUAUCUACACUGAUGUCAAUUUUGAUGAAUACUCAUUAAGUGGGCACGGUGGGAUCAUAAGAGAAGAUGGCGUGAUAUUAAAUGAUGAAACAAUUCACCAAUUGCGCAAACAAGCAAUUUCUCAGGCUCGAGCUGGAGCAGAUGUUGUUUGUACCAGUGAGAUGUUGGAUGGUCGUGUUGGCGCCGUUCGUGCAGCUCUAGAUGCUGAGGGCUUUCACCAUGUUUCUAUCAUGUCUUACUCUGUGAAGUAUACAAGUUCACUAUACGGCCGUUUCCGCAAAGUGGAAUUGGACAAAAAAACUUACCAGAUAAACCCGGCAAAUUCAAGAGAGGCAUUGAUCGAAGCACAAGAAGACGAAGCUGAAGGAGCUGAUAUUCUAAUGGUGAAGCCAGCAGUUCCUUCUCUCGAUAUCAUACGCUUACUGAAGGACCAGACACUAUUGCCCGUUGGAGCAUGUCAAGUUUCCGGUGAGUACUCCAUGAUCAAAGCCGCGGGACUUCUCAAGAUGAUCGACGAGGAAAAGGUUAUGAUGGAGUCAUUGAUCUGCCUACGCCGAGCUGGUGCAGAUCUCAUUCUUACCUACUUUGCUCUUCAAGCUGCUACAGUAUUAUGCGGCGAGCAUAGAAAAUUUGUGUUUGAUUGA